CCAGCCAAUCAGGAGCGCGAUAGCAUCCCGCGUUGGCUUUCGUUCGCUGAGGCACUUAUCAAUCGAAUUUGGGGGAGCCAGCGGUACCGCCCAUCUUUGGUAGCUAGCUGUGGUUUAAAGGAGGUGGCGGUAAGCUGGUGUGCGGUGGGAUUCAUCACCCUCAUGGUCUCUACGAUUUUACACAAUAGAAAAUAACAUAGCAAAAUAAGCCAAGAUGUCUGUUGAUCCAAUGACCUAUGAGGCCCAGUUCUUUGGCUUCACACCACAAACGUGCAUGCUCAGGAUCUACAUUGCAUUUCAAGACUACCUAUUUGAAGUGAUGCAGGCUGUUGAACAGGUUAUUCUGAAGAAGCUGGAAGGCAUCCCAAACUGUGAGAUCAGCCCAGUCCAGAUUCGCAAAUGCACAGAGAAGUUUCUUAGCUUCAUGAAAGGACGUUUUGAUAACCUUUUUGGCAAAAUGGAGCAGCUGUUUUUGCAGUUGAUUUUGCGUAUUCCCCCAAACAUCUUGCUUCCUGAAGAUAAAUGUAAGGAGAUACAUCCUUAUACCGAGGAAGAAUUUCAGCAUCUCCAGAAAGAAAUUGACCAGUUACAGGAGAAGUACAAGACUGAAGUAUGUACUAAGCAGGCCCUUCUUGCAGAAUUAGAAGAGCAAAAAAUUGUUGAGGCCAAACUGAAACAGACAUUGACUUUGUUUGAUGAGCUUCAAAAUGUUGGCAGAGAUCAUGGGACUAGUGAUUUCAGGGAGAGUUUGGUGUCCCUCGUUCAGAACUCUAGAAAACUACAGAACAUUAGAGACAACGUAGAAAAGGAAAGCAAAAGACUGAAAAUAUCUUAAUUUCUAAAUAGUAAAAAUAAAGAGCCUGUCAAAAAGAAUGAUAAGGAAUUUACACCAAUGACUGUUCAAGUGAACUGUAUAUUGUAUUAGAUUUUCUUUGUUCACUCUU